GCGGGGCCGGCGCGGCGGCGGAGCUGCGGGACGGACCGGGCCGGGCCUGGCCGGGUACCCUCGUCCCGUUGUACUUCCAGUUUCCGCUUCAAAUAUUCAUGGUCUUGAAAGUGCGUUUGGAUCCCAGACAUUUUCCAGCACAGAACAAACCAAGAGCCCCCUCUCCUAUCUCAGAGCAAAACAGACAGCUUGAUAUCAUACGACCUCAUUUCUCCAAAUUAAAUGAAAGAAUUUUCACUAGCUUUCCAUGAAGCUCAGCUAUUGCCUGUUAAUUUUGACUGUUAGUGCUGAUCUUUCAGUUGGAUUCACAGUGGAAAAUGUAGCUUUUAACAGAACAGUUGCUUUUGGGUCUUUCAAUGCAUCACUUCAUGCAGUGUCUCAAGCUUUAAUAAGUUCUCCAGCACACCAUGAUAUCAUAGCCAAAGAAGGGACUAGUAUUUUAAUUGAAUGUAAACUGAACAUCAGCCAGUAUGAACAUAUCCUUUGGUAUAACUCCAGAGGACACCUGCUUGAACAGAAAGAUGAAGGUGACCGGUGGAGAAUUGCUGAUUAUUCCCUCAACAUCACAAAGGUCAGCUUUGCUGACCGGGGCCGGUACACGUGUGCAGGUGUUAAUCAUAACGAGACCUUGUACUACACAGUCACCCUGAGGGUUAUCUUCACCUCAGGGGACAUGAGUAUCUACUACAUGAUUGUGUGCCUCGUUGCCUUUGCCAUCACCCUCAUUUUGAACAUCACCCGCCUGUGCAUGAUGAGCAGCCACCUCCGCAAAACGGAGAAGGCCAUCAAUGAGUUCUUCCGCACGGAAGGGGCUGAGAAGCUGCAGAAGGCUUUUGAGAUAGCCAAGCGUAUCCCUAUCAUCACAUCUGCCAAAACGCUCGAGCUGGCCAAAGUCACUCAGUUUAAGACCAUGGAGUUUGCUCGGUACAUCGAAGAGCUCGCCAGGAGCAUUCCCCUCCCGCCUCUGAUCCUUAACUGCAGGGCGUUCAUGGAGGAGAUCUUCGAGGCCGUGCGAGUGGAUGACCCCGAUGAGGUGGGAAAGGAGGACAAGCAGCCCCCCGGCUGCGGGGCCCAGGCCGCGCUGUUCCCCAGGAACCCGGAGAUGAAGCGCAGCGAUUCCCCGGCCGGCGACUCGGACGAUGGCUCCAUGAGCGAGCAGGGCCAGGAGAUCGCCGUGCAGGUGUCCAUCCACCCCCAGGCCCAGGGGCAGAGCAUCGACACCGUGUCUCACGGCAGCUGCCACUCUGUGCCUGCCGAGGAAGGCACCUGCUGAGCCCAGUGAUCCCCAGGGGGGUGAAGGAAGCUCGGGUGAUCCAAGGAUAGUGUGAGAAAAGGGUCUGCAAACAAGCUGCCUCGGUCCCAUGUGCACAAGAGUUUUCCAAAUUGCAAGGUGCCAGAACUAGAUCUGAAGUGUGUAUUUUCUGUCAGUGUUGAUUUAACGAUUCGAGUCUGCCAGAAAAGGCCAUUUGGAAUAUUGUGCAGGGGCUUUUCUUUCUAAAUCAGGCUUGCUAUAUUUAAAAUAGUUACACAACAGGAGUUCUUUGUCCUUGGCUCCUUGGUAGCUUUUGAUACUUCAGAUCUGUGUGAGAAGUGACCAAGCCGAGCAGUACAACUUGCAAUAAGAACUUUUCCUUUGUGAGCUCCUUCUUUCCUCACGAAGUUGAGCUGAAAUUCCUUUGAGUCAGUGUUGUCCUGAUGAAUUGAGUUCUGUGCUCUUUUUGAGUUGCCUCGUGGUGCGUGUAGCCCAUCAGAACCAUGGUGAGCUUGAACAAAUCUGUUUUGUGUUGCGUGCUUGUGUGUUGCUAUCAAAAUGUACUGUACUUAGGAAAAGAAUAGUGCCAGGAUCUGCUGCUGGAUUAAAUGAGUUGUUGUCGUUUCAAAGCAGCUUAGAGAACAACCAGGAGGUCUCAGUUUUCUCUGCAUCUGCAGGAAACUUGUGUGUAUUCUAAAAGCUUGUUUUUUAAACUUGGUGCUGAUUGCCAAAGCGCCUUACCCUGGUUCUGUCCCACAGAAUGGAGCAGGGACAGCACUGCUGGCACUGCCUGGCUUUUGACUUUGCUGAUUUCACUCACUGUAGAAAAUCCAAAGUUUUAUAUGUAUUUGACGUUGUUGUGAGAAAAGGAUGACAGUAAUCACAUAGUGGCAUAACUAAUAAAUGAAUUUAUCAUCUACAGAUAGGUGCCAGGCACAUCUUUCUGAACAGCAUUAUAAUAAAGCAGGUGAAAAGUAGUGACACUGAGUCGCUCUGCUCUGGCUGGUCCUGUCACAAGGCAGUGGCAGAGAGAGUGGGGGGCUGGCUGAGCUAUUUGCCAGCCACUGUUUGCAGGAGUGGAGUGGCUCACUACUAGAGCCCAGCCUCAUGUGCUGCAGAGGUGGCAGAAGGGAGAGCUGCAGGUGCUGACAUACAUACACACAAAAGUACUUCACCAAGGAUCUCCCACCUGGCUUCCUCAGCUGUAGAGAUCCAGCCUCCAGGAAUUAGAGUGCAGACAAGAAUCUACUUUCUUCUUCCACUCUUUGGUGCUGAUUUUUUUUUCUCCUUAACAUUUGUAAGUUGUAUCACUUAAAUAGUAUUUUAUAUCCUGUUGAGAUUUAGUAGAUGUAAAGCUUGUAAGCACUCCACAAAUUAAUUUCUUACAACUACUGGAAGCAUAUUGCCAUAUAAUUUUAACAACUUGGCAAUAGGAGCACCAUUUAAUUUCACACAACUCUUUUUUCUUCCCUUAUUAUUACAGAAAUGUCAGUUGAACAAGUGAUUCUGGAGGGCUGCUCAGGAUUCUUAAGAGGAUUUGACAUUACAUUUACAUGAGUAGAGGUGGAAAACAAGCAGGCACAGUGGUAAUAGCAGGGUGGGGCUGUCUGUGGUAAUGCAUGCUCAGAAUGAAGGGGCUGAACGAAUUACAGUUACUCUGUCAGAGAGAGGAAAAUGACAGCAUCUAUUACCAUUUUAAACUACCUUCUGGGGAAAUUCCUGCAGUCAGCCACCAGUUAAAUCACCCUGGUUGCCUUUGGCCUGUCGGGUUUGUCAGGAAGAAAAUUGCUGGCCUUUAUUAUAGUAACAUUCCCACCAGCUUGGUGCCAUUUCCAAGACUGUAGCAAACUUUAUCUGCUUCAGGGGAAUAAAGCCUUCUGUACAUACUUCAAGUAGCUGCCUCAACAGUGACUUCUUUUUUUGCUUCCAUAGUUUGAUAGCACUUUAUGUCCAGGUGAAAAGUUUGUAUAGUUUUGUGUGACCUGUCUGGUUUCUUUUAAGUUUUUUUGAGGUUAUCAGUGUUAAAAGAUACUCUGUGGAUAAAUUCCUAUUUCUGUUGGAAGAGAGAAGCUGCUGGCUUCACUUCUGAGCUACAAUGGAUUCAUUGUUGCACAUGUGUGAGGGGAGAUUUGGGAGUUUGCACCCUUUAGGAUGCACUGGUUGAAAGAGGUGAAGGCUACAAGAGAGAAUGAUCUGUUUCAAUCUCCUUUGUGCCACAGGCCAUCAGAAUGUACCUGCACCUGCCUUAUUUCCCUAUAAACAGCUCUCCUUGCUUCUGUGAAACUGUUGCAUGAUAUGCAGCAGUAGCACAUUGGAUGUGUAACUCCUAAAAACACACGCAGUGAGAGGUGCCACUACAAAAUCUAAACCCUAUUUAAUUGCUUCCUAAGAAGCAGUUAUGAUUGACAGGUGUCACAUCAGAAGUGGCAGCUGACAGGCAGCAGGAUGACACUGGAGGUGUGUCAGAUGGGUGUCAGGAGAGCAGUUUCUAGAAAGAUUUGAUCUCUUCUUUGAUUUUUCUGCUUUAUUUAUGUAGCUCUGAGUUCUUCAGCACAGUUACCUGAUGUCUUCCUAUUGCUUUCUGAGAGGAAAGAAUGACCAUGCAUAAAGGUCCUCAGAAGUGCAGUUGCAGUGUCAAUUGCUGGAUAGCAAAGCUGAGAGUUUUCCUGAAUUACUACAGUAUUUUGUUCCUUAAAUUAAUUUCCUUCCUGGGAAGGAGGUGCUUUUGUAAGGAUUUUGGUGUAUCAGGAGUACCCUCUGAAUGUAGGAACUGAUCCUACUCCCACUGAAUUCAUUUAGAGAGGAUUUGGAGCUCUGGUGCAUUUCACAGGAUUUUUAUGCAUCUGAAAGCAAGGACGAUGGUGAUGUUAAAUGGUAAAAGUGAUUUCCAGAGAAUAAAAUUUGACACCAGUUUCCAAACAACUUGUGAACUGUUCUAGUUAUCCUGAGAGUAGAUGUGUGCACUUAAAUUUCUUUGAUGAAUCUAAUUGAACAUUAACAUUGAAAGUGUUUCUCUCUUAACUUUUUUUAGGAUGAGGAGAUUCUGCAGUGGUUUCCUUGCUUUAAACUAAAGUCUUUGACAAUCACAAGGCUAUUCUAUCUCUUCUUUGUGACUUAUUUUAAAAGACCUAAAAUCUACUUGUUAUCCAAGAGUACCUAAAACUAACUUUGUAGUGAUGAUUUGCAUUACCUGGAUUGUAAUGUAACUGUUUAAUGUAACCACGUAGGAUUUCAUACUUUCAUAAAAUGAAUUAGUAGAUUUGCAAAAUAAAUUCAAAAGAAAAACCUU